UCUGGCAAUUUCUUCGCUGCUUUCGAUGAAACAACGUUCGAACGGCAUCCUGAGUUUAAAAUUAAUAAGCGGGAGAUCACAUGAUACCUACCUGGGCCGACUGCAAUUUCGUUUAAAAAUACGAGGACUUGGUGAAAACUGUGAUCUGUAAUAAAUCAAAUCGUUCCUACACCAUGGCUGAUUAUUUAGCAAGCAUUUACGGUACCGAGAAGGACAAGGUCAAUUGCUCUUUUUACUUCAAGAUCGGUGCAUGCAGACAUGGAGACAGAUGCUCUCGAAAGCACAUUAAACCGUCAUUCUCACAGACGCUGUUACUGUCAAACCUGUAUCGAAAUCCCUCACACGAUCCCACCAAAAACAUGUCGCCAGAACAAUUACAAGAAGAUUUUGACUUGUUCUACGAAGAUAUAUUCAUGGAGCUGGCAAAGUUCGGCGAGAUCGAGGAGAUGGUCGUGUGUGAUAACGUUGGUGAUCACCUUGUCGGCAACGUAUAUGUUCAAUACCACUAUGAAGAGCAGGCCGGUAACGCAGUUGACGAUCUCAACAAGCGUUUCUAUGCAGGACGACCAUUAUACGCUGAACUUUCGCCUGUAACUGACUUCAAGGAAGCAUGCUGCAGACAGCACGAAAUAGCGGAAUGCAAUCGAGGUGGAUUCUGUAACUUUAUGCAUUUGAAACAUCCACGACGAGCAUUAAGGAGAGAAUUGUUCGAAGCACAACGGGCGUCCAUCAAAGAGAAGAAGAGAGAAGAGAAACACGGUGGUGAUGAAAGACGAAAAGACAGAAGCGGUAGCCCUCGGCACCAUGCCGAGGAGAGGCCAGCUGAAGCCAAUGAUGAAGAGCAGUACCAGGCCCCCUACGACUCUGAAUCCAAGCGAGCUAGAAUAGAGGGUGCUACGGAAUAUCGGCCGUAGUGACUUUAUAGAUUGUGUCGUCGCAAGCAAAGCUGGAAUGUCUCAAAGCGAUGCUCUGUCAUGAUUUUUUUUUUUUUCAAAGUAAUUACAAAAUAAAUAUCCAACAAACCAUGAAUACCAUGACUAAAGAUAGGAA